UCUUUUUUUCUAUCUUCGUUUUUGCUCACCUCUGCUUUUCCCACUAACCUUAGCAGCCAACCCCUUUCUCUCGACGCUCUCGCUUCCUGGGUUCUGGGCGCCGUCGCCUUCGCAGGCCUAGGCCUUUCCGGCGGCGGCUCACUAUUUCCUCUGCUUUCGUCUUUUCUUCUUUUCUUCUCUUUACUGUUCCUUCUGCCGCCUAUUUCCUCUCUUUUUGCAAAAUCCUAGCCACCGUUCUAUAUCCCGGGGCGGAAGGUCUCCUUCACUCUUAAAACUGUGUAAAUACCUCGAAAUCUGUCCUGUCCGUAUCAUCGACCUCUUUCUCUCUAAAGAAAAGAAAAACAUAUUUUUCUUUGUCUCUCUAAUAAUCCAUUAAAUCAGAUUGAAACUUAUCCUUUUUCUACCACAAAUAUUAACCAUGUUGGAGUAAUUGGACUUGACGCACAACAAAUCUGUGGCAGCCCAAUACCGUAGACCAAGCACUUCUUUCUCUCCGUUUUGGCCCAUCCGAAGCACAGACCACCCUAAACUGGAGUGAGUCAAAGUCUCAGUUGGGUUUUUCUUCCAACAGACAAAAUCGAAGUACAAAAUGAAGGAGAAGGAGGAGAAUUCCCUAUCAAGAAUAUCAUCUUCCCAAGUAUUUUUGACUCAUCUUUGCUGCGGAUUGGCCUUGGCUGUUGGAUUUUGGGUGGCUUACAAUGUCUACUCCAUCAAUCUCGUCUCUGAUCCCACCAACACCCUCCAUUUGAUCUGGGCUAUUGAAUGUCCAGUUGUGAUCCUUCUUUUCAGUUGCUUUAGAAAGAAACCAGAGAAAUGCUCGUAUUUGAAAGCUGUUGCCCGAGGCCUAGUGGGACUUCCUGCCGGGGCUCUAGUAAAUGCGCUUGGAGCAUUAGCUUUGGGUUCACCCGUUGGCUUGCAAUACUUUGAAAAGACCGUUAUCUGGUCUCUUCUGAUGUCUUUAUUCAUUUUUGUGCCUGCAAGUUCUGUUUAUGGUUCAUCAUGGACAGAUUGGCAUCGCAUAUUUGCAUGUACUAAGCCAAAGGGAUCUUUAGAUUUUAUGCUUUGUCUACCAGCGCAUGGAGCUGUGAUUGGAGCUUGGUUUGGUGCUUGGCCUAUGCCACUUGAUUGGGAAAGGCCUUGGCAGGAUUGGCCAAUCUGUGUGAGUUAUGGAGCCAUGGCUGGUUAUGUAGUUGGUAUGGUGGGAUCCUUUGGUCUUGCACUCAUGCGAGGUGGACAAAAGCAAAUCAAAGCAGAGUAGAGGAUGUUUCUUUUCUUUCAGUUGCUAUUUGCUGAAGUAGCUUCUCAGAUUUUGCGGAUUCUUGUAGUUAUUCAAUCAUAUUUGAAGUUGAUUUCUCUCUGUAUCCUUUAUAUAAUGUGCUCUGUAGUAAGUUC